UGUUUUUAUUUGAAACACAAACACUAUUUUUUUAAAUAAAUAAAUAACAUUUUUAUACAUUGAUUCCGAAGGUGUCAUAGUAUAUUGGUUUUGAGCAAUGUCCGUCAUGCUGUCUGUCCAUCUGUAUGAACGCAACUUUGAACUUGAAACUUGGAACAUGUGCCCUCGUCAGACAAAGUGCAAGAAGCGUGUAAAAACUCCCUCACCCAACAUUUUCAAAAUCUCAAAUCUUCCGUCAUUUAAGAGCUACAGUUACCAAAACUGCAAAGAAACGUUACUAGCUUAUAUCUGUCGCAAUCUGAAAGGCAAACUUGGAGAGUAUUUCUUGGCUACACCCACCCUGUUCUUUGCUUCUUGUUAUCUGCUGGAUUAACUUAUGGACUGCAACGUUCUCUCUUGUUUAAAUAUAGAAAAUUGUCAAUUAACAUGUAUAUAAUCAUAGUAUACAAAUAGGUACCACUUAACACUGUGUUAUUUAAAAAUUCAAAGCAGUUAGCUAACAAAUUAAUAUUAAAAACAUCGUUGAGUUAUUUAAAUUAUUAUCUAUCAAUAUCUGUAACUUUUUUGACUAAUCAUGACACACGAGUCAUUAGCUACGAGAUUGAACAUUUCACCCACAGUGCGGUUGGCCGAUAAAAUAUACAAACGGGGAUCAAUCUAGAUAUGGCAAAGCCUCGGUUCGCUUAUAAUGGCUUGCACAGUUUGGAGACCGUUUCAAUCGAACGACAGUAAUCGACGCGCAAACAAGGCGCAGUAAAAGUUUAAAUAUAAUUUCAUCAAACGUUAUUAAGAAACGGCUUCAACAUGGGUUGCAUGUCAGGAAUUUUGAAUAUUCUUCUAUAUAUUAUAAAUAUCGUGUUUUUGAUCGUUGGCAUCUUGCUCAUUGUGUUGGGCUCCAUAAUGCUAUCGAACUUUUCCCGCCUAAGUGAUGUGGAGCAGCUAGCGAGCGCGGAUACCAUACCGAUCUGUGUGACCGUUCUUGGUGGACUAAUAUUCAUCGUAUCCUUCUUUGGAUGCUGUGGUGUCUGGCUACAGAAUGCCUGCCUAACUGCAACGUAUGGUACGUUGAUGUUUUUAUUGUUCGUGCUGCAAUUGGUGUUAACCUGCUGGAUCGCUGUAAACGAAAAUGACUUUUUGAAUGAUAUGCGUAAGCUGGUGGAUACUGUUUGGCAGGAGAACACAGCGGCGACUGGAUACCCGAUGGGCGCAUUGGAGCUCACUUUCAACUGCUGCGGCAACGAAGGCUACGCUAACUAUUUCGAUGUUGGCAAUGGUGUUGUGCCCGGCACCUGCUGCGGUUACACGAAUCGCGAUCAGACGUGCCCAUCUAGCAUAUACGAGAGUCGCCAAGGAUGCAACCAGAAAUUCUACAGCUUCUGGGAUGAUAACAAUGCUAUCGUUCUCUGGUCCGGCCUAGGCAUUUGCAUAUACGAAUUCAUUGUGUUCAUUUUAGCCGGCGCACUAGCCAAUUGUAUGCGCAAAUCAAGUUCCGGUGGAGCAACGUACGGCUAAGAGCUAUUUAUAAUUCAAUGAUGGCAAAGCUUUUGAUCCUUAAAGUUUUUAAAGCACGAUCUAAAUUUGCAUUUCUCUCUUAACUUGAUUUUCAUGAUUAAUAUAUAUCAAUGUUAAAGUGUAUGUUUAAUAAAUAUAAAAGUUAUAAAUUCUGUGAGGCAUAGAAUUUAAAAACCACAA